AUGAUGUCCCAGACUCUCAGAGCGUCGCGCUCUCUCUUCUCCCGCGUCUCUCGGCAACAGGUUUCUGUUUCUCGCCGCACUUUCCUGACCUCGGCUGUCCGUCAGGCCGACCCUGUCCAGGAGCUCUACCUCCGCGAACUCCGUGCCUACAAGCCCACUCCCGUCAAGGCCGGUGACGCCGACGCUCACGUCCAGAAGUUCGCUCCUCCCGCCGCUCCCCAGUCCCCCGAGGAGGCCAACCUCGCCAAUGAGCUGAAGUCCUACGAGAGCCAGGAGGUCGAGGUUGAGGGCCAGGCCGCCGCUGGUGAGGCCGCUCCCGUUGAGGAGAGCUGGUUCGAGGAGGAACCGGAGGAGGAGGCCCACGCUGCUCACUAG